AGAAGGAGGAGAGGGGACAGGAGGCAGCCGGCUGGCCGGGACACGCAGUCCGCCUGAGGGGAGAAAUCACCGCUACCACCGUCACAUCACAUCACAGCUCCGGAGAUAACAAAGAUGUGGAAGAAGAAGAUAUUCCUGGUCAUCAUUGCCAUCAGUACCAUCAGUCUUCUGCUGCACCAUGGGGGUCACUUGACCUGGACCAUGGAUGCCUUCCACCUCGGUUGUCCAGCCCUGCACUCUCACCCAUACUCCGGCCUGAAGCCUAAGCACAGUAACGUGGUUUUCCUGAAAACCCACAAAACAGCCAGCAGCACCAUGCAGAAUCUGCUCUUCCGCUUUGCAGAGCGCAACAACCUGACGGUGGCGUUACCCAUACAGGCCUGCGGUCACCAGUUCUGCUACCCGCGAUCCUUCACAACUCACUCUGUGCAUCAGCACACGCUACCGCCAAACAUUGUCACCAACCACAUGCGCUUCAAUAAGGCUGAGCUGAAACGACUGAUGCCAAAUGAUACGAUAUACGUCACGAUCCUGAGAGAGCCUGGCUCCAUGUUUGAGUCCUUGUUCAGUUACUAUAACCAGUACUGUCAGAGUUUCAAGAGGGUCCCUAAUGGUUCACUGGAAGCUUUCUUAGAUGAACCCUGGCGCUACUACAAACCAGAGGAGAACUACUCCAUGUAUGCACGUAACACCUUGACCUACGACUUGGGCGGAGACAAAGAUCGCCCAGCGAAAGAUGUCUCUUAUGCAAAAGCUUUUGUAGCACAGGUGGAGCGAGUGUUCUCCCUGGUGAUGAUCUCUGAGUACUUUGAUGAAUCUCUGGUUCUACUUCGACACCUCCUUUCCUGGGAUCUGGAUGACAUUUUGUAUGUUAAGCUCAACAUGCGGACGCCAAGUUCCAAGCAGGGCCUGACUGAUGAUCUUCGCAAAAAGAUCCGUGCCUGGAAUUCCUUAGAUGCCCAGCUCUAUGAUCACUUUAAUGCCUCACUGUGGCGUCAAAUCGCUGCUGUGGGUCCAGCCUGUGUGGCGAGGGAGGUGCGCCUCCUUCGUGAGGCCCAGGAGAAGCUGAUGAAAAGGUGUUUCGGUGAAGGCAUGCCACUUGUUCGUUCAGCUGCUGAAAUCAAAAACAAGGAGCUCCGCCCCUGGCAGCCUAGCGGCAAAGUCGACAUAGUCGGUUAUGACCUCCCUGUAAAUAUUACCCAAAGCUUCUCGAGCCAGGACCAGGAGCUCUGCCUGAGGCUCAUCAUGCCGGAAGUCCAGUACACAAAGAUGCUCCUACGUUCCCAGUUACUGCGGUACCGUCUGACCUCUCAGGCUCGGCCUCAGCAGCAGUCACACUCCUUCCAGCAGCCUGUACGCACAACCCUGCUUAGACAUCCAGCCCACCGCAGCCAGCCACCAGUGCCUGCUGCUGCAACCCCUGCCUCAGGAACUGGAAUCAACUCAAAGACUGCUGCAGGAACUCGAGGUCGGACAAAUAAGCAAGGGGCAAAACCCUCACAAACUCAGUCCUCAUAGGCUGGAAAACUCCUCAUAGACUUGAAAAUUAUCCGAGUGCCCAACAAACUGCAUUGUUUAACUCAUCGUGACCCAUGAGACUACGAUUGUUGGCUGGUCUGGGGUUUUUGGGGGAAUAAGGCUAUCCUUGAGAAAUGUCUGGGUUUAUCUUGAAUUAGAGUAUCCCCUCUUCCUUCUAUGUGUGUUUGGUUUGACAUAAAAAUAAAUUAGGAAAAAGGGGAUUGGACAUACUUGGACUUGAAUUUUAAUCUUUCUCCUUUCCGAUCCAUCAGACCUUAUCAGGGUGGGAAGGCACAAAAGCUGGAGGAACACUGGGAGGGAAGUUUAACCCAGCUGUACGCCUCUGCAGCCCUGACUGCAGUGGAUAUGAGAGGGUUUCGGAUGAAAGUGGUUCUUUGAAGGAAAUCUGUUUCAUGCGACUGGGAGUCAAUAGAGAAGUGGCGAUAUCAGGUCUAUUGUGCAGCACAGAGUGUGCUUUGUGUGUAUCACACUGGGAUAGUAUCAUGUUACUUGUGUUUGUUCUCCGUUUCUCAAGCUCUCAUUCGCUCUCUCUCUUUCCUAACAUAUGCCACUUAAAGUCCUUGAGGAGACAUAAUGACAUAAAGGGAUCGGCUGUCAGGCCUCCGAAGAGCCUCCUAAGAGGCCAGACAGACACUGAGAUCAACUCACAACCAUUAACGUGACAGCACAAAACAACUCUUCCUUCUUUGGCCUUUUUUUUCUUACUGACUCUAGAGUUGAAAUCAGUGAAGGGACGGGGGGAUAAAAAGGCCAGAGAGAUGGAGACCUUAUCCUGAGGGUAAGCCUAAAAACUGCUGGAUACUCAAUUUGGCCAUACAAGUCCCACAGAGACUGAGCACAUGUACGAAGCCUGUGUCUCGUCAGCUUUUUGACCUCCCUUUCUUCCUUCUAAGGUCCUUCUCUGCCUUCACCACCCUGUCAAUACUGCUGUUGCCCUCUGGGCAGGCUCUCCAUCCACCAAGAAGCACUAACAUCUUUUUUUCUCCAACCCCUGGUACUUCAUCGAACAGCCAGACAAGAUCACACCUCACCUUGUGGAGACUCUGUUAAGGUGAUGCUUCUGGAUGUGGGGAUUUACUUUAAAGCUUGGGCGUUAUUGCAAUAAGAUCUCCAGGCCCUUCGCCCUGAAUAUGAAAGGCAUGGAUUUAAUAACCUACCAGCAACCCUGUGCCGCAUAUACAAUAAUUACACACACUGGCACAAAUAAAAACAUCAAACUCCUUGAUGGGACAAAGACUUGAAGCCUGUGGAUCGUGGCGCUUGAAUAUUUAAUCAUCUCCUCUCACAGGCCGCCUAUGGCCCGGGUUCUAGGGUUACACGGCUGUACGUUGUCAUUAAGGACAUGUUCAACCAGGUGAAAGCUGCUCAAUCCGAACCCUGAAGCACAGAAAGACAAAGGGAGAGCGUUAAUGCACGAUCCUUAAAACCUCUUAAGGCAGCUGGGCCGACUGGGGUCUUAAAGAGUCUUCAUUUAUCUCGGCUGUGAUCCAUUUUUAAUGCUUUCUGCUCAUAUUUAAUGUGUCAUUUAUGUUCUUUUAUUACUCUGGUGAUCAGUAGGGUGCUGCUGAGGAAGCGAAGGAACAAUAUAGUUGUGUGAGAGUAUGUGUUUGAGCCAAGAAAUGUCUCCCGGCUCAUGUCAGGGGUUUUUUUGGGUUUUUUUUUCUUUGGCCUGCAAGAUUUAUUAAACUAUGUAUUAUUUAUGAUCGGGACUUAAAGAGCCCCAUUACUGUAUUUUAACUGGUAUUUUUCAUGAAUCACUGGAUGAAAACUGCUUUUCCAUCGAUUUGGUGGUUCGUGGUGUGCACGGCUUACCACUUCAGGCAGCAGAGAUGGAACAAGGCAUGUGGAAACGGUUUAAAAUAUUAAUUCUGUACAUGUUAUACAUAAUGCAAAACUACAACAAACUGCACAUCGAACCUACUUUAGUGGCUUCAGAAUUAAUCUCCCAUUCAGCAGAGCUAAGUACUUAACCACACUACGUGUUUGUGGUUUGAGUGUGUCAAACCACAGGUAACAAUAAUAAUAAAAUAGACACACACAGCUGCUGCUCAGAAAUAAAAAGCAAUGAAGCCAUCAGGCAACAGACGCGAGGAGAGGAUGCACGGUUCUAUGAAGUAGCUGUGAGAAUCUGAAUGUGUGCAAUGCAUGAUAGUUUUUAUUUAUUAGACAUGUGAAAUGUCUUCAGAUAUGUGUAAAAACCUUUUCAGGUUACAUGCACUGUAAAACAUGGGCAAACAUGAAGAAGGCUGUGGUUUUGUAUUUUCUUGCUCCCAUGAAAAGACCAAAACCAGCAAUAUGUAAAUUGGUCUGCCAACUUCCUGCUGUGAAAGCACACCACAACUCCCUAAAGAAGGCUCAGUACUGAGCAAAAGUCUAGAGUCACCCUUUAUUUCUUUAUAUGUUGUUAGAAAAAUGGGAAAUAGGUACGACGAUUUAUUGAAACAUAUGUAUACAAACAUGGUAAUGCAGCACGUACAAUUGUAAUGAGCUUGAAAGUCGGUGUUGGUAGGACCACCUUUAUU